CAGUCUUACACAGUCUAACCCAACACCAUGGCCCUCUAUGAGUCUAAGACCGAGCUCUGGGACCUGGACAUCAAUGUGAUCCAGCCAGAAGGGAAAGGUCCAGAUCCAGCCACAGAUGGAAACAGCAGUACUGAGCCGUUCAGGGAUGCGUUCCAACGUUAUAUCCAGCCCUGUCUGGCAGAGCUGCUGGGUUCAUCUCUGUUUAUCUUUGUGGGGUGUCUGUCUGUGAUCGAGAACACAGAGGGCACCGGAAGGCUGCAGCCGGCCCUGGCACACGGCCUGGCCCUGGGCAUCGUUAUCGCCGUGCUGGGGGAGAUCAGUGGGGGCACUUCAACCAGCAGUGUCUGUGUCUGUGUUUCUGAUCGGGGUCUCAACAUCAUACUGCUGGUCCCCUACAUACUGGCUCAGAUGUGUGGAGGGAUGAUAGGGGCAGGCCUUCUCCAGGUGAUUUCCCCAUCCAUGAACUAUGCCAAAGUUUCAGGGGCAGCAUUCGACACAGUGCAGGCCGACACCCAGAUAGUACCAGCCACGGUGGCAGAGGUGAUCAUGACUCUGUUCCUGACGAUGGUGGUGUGUAUGGGGGCUGUGAAUGGACGCACGCGCAGCCUGUUGGCCCCUCUCUGCAUCGGGCUGACCGUGACCGCAGACAUCCUGGCUGGGGGAGCAGUGUCUGGGGCAUGUAUGAACCCAGCUCGUGCCUUUGGCCCGGCCGUGGUGGCCGACUACUGGAGCUAUCACUGGAUCUACUGGGUGGGACCCAUGUCUGGAGCCCUGCUAACCGCCAGCUUCAUACGAUUACUGCUUGGGGAUGAGAAAACCAGAGUUCUCUUGAUAUGAUAUGGUGUAUAUAUAGAUUAUCUAUUGUCCAUACAUGCAAUCUAUUUUAUUCAAUGCCAUUUGUAUAAACACAUUUUUGUACAUUAAAUAUUGCAUUGUAUAUUUCUUUCUAUGAUUGAUCCCUUUUGACAUAGUAGAAGUGACUUCUGGCCCAUAGUCUGUGUUUUAUACCGCCACCUUUUGGUUAUGUGGUGAACUACAGCCUUGCAUUGGUCUGACUCUCACUGUCCUGUCAUACAACCUUCCAUAUGCGUCAUGCCUUUCCACUGAUUAUCUGCACACAGACAUCCAAAAACUAGCCACAUUAGAUAGCAUUUAAUUUGACACUGUAAUUGCUAUCUUGACUGAAAGUCUCAGCCAUAGAAAUAUAAUUACUAGAAAGGACAUAGCCCCUCAGACAACCGGUCCUCCCAUUAUGGACUC